AUGGAGACGAGCGCGGGGUUGGUUGCCGGCUCGCACAACAGAAACGAGCUAGUGGUCAUCAGGCGCGAUGGGGAAUCGGGGCCGAGACCGCUGCAACAGCUGAGCGGGCAGGUGUGCCAGAUCUAUGGCGACGACGUUGGCCUCACUGUCGACGGUGAUCUCUUUGUCGCGUGCAACGAAUGCGCCUUUCCUAUUUACAGGACUUGCUACGAAUACGAGCGACGGGAAGGCAACCAAGUCUGCCCUCAGUGCAAGACCAUAUUCAAGCGGCUCAAAGGCUUUUAUAUUGAUUAUCUCUUUUUGGGUGAUUACGUUGAUCGUGGCCAACAUAGCCUGGAAACUAUUACUCUUCUCCUUGCAUUGAAGGUUUAUGUUUACAAAUAUGUUGUAUCCUUAAACUUUUCAAAAUUUUCUGAAUCAAUGUUACAGAUUGAGUAUCCACAUAAUAUACAUUUAAUUCGUGGAAACCAUGAGGCAAUAGACAUUAAUGCUUUAUUUGGGUUUCGUACCGAGUGCAUCGAGAGAAUGGGAGAACAAGACGGAAUCUGGGCAUGA